AUGGCAGCAGGUUCGAGCAGCGCCGGAGGGCGUAACGGUGCAGGGACAGGCCGCCUGGGCUCGCAGUGUAGCGAUCAACGCCUGCGCGGGGCAGCAUCGAGCGCGGGAGCGAGUCGGGCAAGUCGUGGCGGACGAGGGAUGCCUGGCGGCGGUUCGUACGCAGGCAGCAGCGCACGAACGACUCUCGGGACGGAAGAGGACGUCCAGAGCGAGGCGGAUAGCUUCUCAGAGCGGGGCAGUCGGCGGGACGGACGCAUGAACGGCGGUUUUGUCUAUAGCAAGGAUCGACGCGUUCCGCCUGGACUGGGAGGACAAGGUGAGAGUGAGGGAGAGUACGACGAGGGUUGGAGCAUGGGCUUGGACAUCCAGGAGGAAGAGAUUCGGUUGCUUGGGCAGGACGACGGUUCGAUGAUGCGCCUUGUCCCCUCGACCGCCAGGCAGAAACGUCGUCUCUCGGUCGCCCGUCUCUUACGCCUUUCGAGUCCGCCUUCCUCGAAACCUCGCACCAUCCCCUUCAACGAUGCUCCCUCCAAGCGCAAAAAGUCGUCAUUCGCGCCCAACCUCGUCAAGAACCAGAUAUACAACGUGGCAACCUUCCUCCCACUCGUCCUCUACGAGCAGUUCAAGUUCUUCUACAACCUCUACUUCUUGCUCGUCGCUCUCUCACAGUUUGUCCGGCACUCCGCAUCGCCGUGCUUCCUCGCGACCUACAUUGUCCCCCUCGCAUUCACCGAGCCGCCAAUUCCGCCCUCUACAGCCGCCUCGUACCGCAUUCCUCACUCGCACCACGCCUCGUCUUCCACGCCCUCUACCGCGCCUCUGAAACCGACGCCUACGUCAAACCUGGGCGUCGGCGACCUCGUCUUCCUCGAGAAGAACGACCGAGUACCAGCCGACAUCCUCCUUCUCCGUACCUCGGCCCCGAGCGGCACGUGCUUCGUACGCACCGACCAGCUGGACAUCGAGACGGACUGGCAGUUGCGCGUCGCUGUCGAGCGCACGCAGGCGCUGCAGAGCGACGCCGACUUGCUCGAGAUCGAGGGCGACGUCAACGCGGACCCGCUGACGAAGGACAUCCAUACCUUCGUCGGGACCCUUACCUUUCGGUCAAUCCCGACAUCGCGACGAGAAGCAGGAGCGAAUGGCGCAGGCGACGCACAUCAGGAGCAGGAGGAGGAGGAUCUCGUCGCGGCUCACCCGGUCGAGCCUUUGACGGGGGAGAACACUCGCGCCGUCAUGAAUACGAGCCAGCCGGGCACGAAGGUCGGUAUGCUCGACCACGAGAUCAACCGCCUCGCCAAAUUCCUCUGCGGCGUGACCUUUGCGCUCUCCGUCAUCUUCGUCGCUCUCAACGGGUUCAGGGGACACUGGUGGGCGUACGUGUUCCGGUUCCUGAUCCUUUCCUCAAGCAUCAUCCCGAUCUCGCUUCGCGUCAAUCUCGACAUGGGGAAGACCGUCUACGCUCGCCAGAUCAUGCACGACCCGGAAAUCCCGGACACCAUCGUCCGCACCUCGCUGCUGCCUGAAGAACUCGGUCGGAUCGAGUACCUUCUGAGCGACAAGACGGGCACGCUCACGCAGAGCGAAAUGGAGCUCAAGAAGCUGCACCUCGGAACAAUGAGCUACGGCGUGGACUCGAUGGACGAGGUCGCGCAUCAGCUCGCGACGGCGCUUGGCGAGAGCAAGACGAACGGUGCGUACGACGGCGGUCAGGAGAAGCGACACGCUGAAUUCGUGUCGUCUCGCAGCCGCCCGCAACUCGCGACGGGUGUCACCCUCGCGACUCGAGGUCGCCGCGACAUGAGCUGGAGGGUCAAGGACGUCGCUCUUGCUCUCGGGUUGUGCCACAACGUCACGCCCAUCGUCGACGAGUCGGACGGAUCAAUCACCUAUCAAGCCUCGUCUCCCGACGAAGUCGCCAUCGUCCGCUUCACCGAGUCGAUCGGCCUCACUCUCUCCGCCCGCGACCGCACGUCAAUCACCCUCCGCACGACUGCCGGCGCGACUCUCUCCUACGACGUUCUCGAAAUAUUCCCAUUCACUUCCGAGUCGAAGCGAAUGGGGAUCGUCGUCCGCGACCGCCAGACGGGCGAGACCGUCUUCUACCAAAAGGGCGCCGACGUCGUCAUGGCGCGAAUCGUCGCCUACAACGACUGGCUCGAGGAAGAACGCUUGCGCGAUUUCGAGGAGACGUACCAAGAUGCGCGCCUCGGCUUGGGCGACCGCAACGCCGCGAGCGCUCGAGUCAUCGCCGACUUCCUCGAGCACGAUCUCGAGCUACUCGGCGUUACCGGCGUCGAGGACAAGCUUCAGGACGACGUCAAGAUGACGAUCGAGCUGCUGCGGAACGCCGGCAUCAAGAUCUGGAUGCUCACGGGCGACAAGAUCGAGACGGCGACUUGCAUCGCCAUUUCGAUGAAGCUCGUCUCGCGCGGCCAGUACAUCCACCAGAUCGCGAAGCUCAAGUCUCCGGCUCAGGCUCGCAACGAGCUCGAGUUUCUGCAGAGCAAGCUCGACUGCUGCCUCGUCAUCGAUGGCAAGUCGCUUCAGCUUUGCAUCGAGCACUUCCGACAAGAUUUCAUCGAGCUUUCGACUCAGCUCUCGGCAGUCGUCGCAUGCCGUUGCUCACCAACGCAGAAGGCGGACGUCGCUCGACUGAUUCGGGCGCACACGAAGAAGCGCAUCUGCCGCAUCGGAGAUGGAGGAAACGACGUCUUGAUGAUUCAGGCGGCUGAUGUCGGCGUCGGCAUCGUCGGCAAGGAGGGCCGACAAGCGUCGCUCGCUGCCGACUUUUCCGUCAACCACUCGUACAAGCGCAGCGCCAAGCUUGCACAGUUCGUCAUUCAUCGUGGCCUGAUCAUCUCGGUCAUUCAAGCCGUCUUCUCCUCCGUCUUCUACUUCUCGCCCAUCGCCAUCUACCAAGGGUGGCUCAUGGUCGGCUACGCGACGGCGUACACGAUGCUGCCCGUCUUCUCGCUCGUGCUCGACCGUGACGUCAACGAGGACGUCGCGCUGCUGUACCCGGCGCUGUACAAGGAGCUGACGAAGGGAAGGGGUCCGGCUCUCUCAUACAAUACGUUUUUCACUUGGCUGACGAUCUCGCUGUACCAAGGCGGCGACACCAUGCUACUCUCGCUCGUCCUCUUCGAAUUCGAGUUCCUCAACAUUGUGUCAAUCUGGUUCUCGGCGGUCAUCGCGAACGAGCUGGCGAUGGUCGCGGUGGAGAUCACGACUUGGCACCUCGCGAUGGUCAACUUCGACCUCUCCUUCGUCUCUUCGCCAAGCUUCCUUUCGAAAGUCGCCCUCUUCGUCGGCAUCUCGGUCUUCCCACUCUUCGUCAAGUACUCGAAGAGCAAGCUGGCGCCGACCGCGUAUGCAAAGCUGAGGGAUUUCUAA